CCCCCCCCAGCCUCACCCCGCCCCGCCCCGCCCCACCCCCCAGCACCUCUCCGGUUUCCUGAGCUGCGGGCUGCGAGGGAGGAGCACGGCGUCCGGCAACCCCCUCGGCAGGGCCCCGGGGUAAUUCGAUGCGGGCCUGGCGAGGCUCCCCACGCCAGACCCGGGCUCGCGGCUCCGCCGCCUCCACCCACCGGCCCACCCUACAUUUAGCGCAUCAUGUGAUCCGGGAUCCAAUGUGACUCUAGAAACAAAUGGAUGAAUGAGUAUCCAUAUGAAGAGGAAAACAAUAAAGAAUAUCAACACCUCUGAAAACAGAAUGUUAAUGCUUGAUGGGAUGCCGGCAGUCAGAGUCAAAACAGAGCUUUUGGAAUCUGAACAAGGGUCUCCAAACGUCCACAACUACCCCGAUAUGGAAGCUGUUCCUCUGUUGUUAAAUAAUGUGAAAGGGGAGCCCCCGGAGGACUCGUUAUCUGUAGAUCACUUCCAAACACAAACUGAGCCAGUGGACUUGUCCAUCAACAAAGCCAGGACAUCCCCCACAGCCGUUUCAUCCUCCCCAGUUUCCAUGACAGCGUCUGCCUCCUCGCCUUCUUCAACUUCAACCUCUUCAUCGUCUUCUAGUCGGCCAGCCUCCUCCCCAACUGUUAUAACAUCAGUAUCUUCAGCAUCAUCUUCGUCAACAGUAUUAACUCCAGGGCCCCUUGUUGCCUCGGCAUCUGGUGUAGGAGGCCAGCAGUUUUUGCACAUCAUCCAUCCUGUACCACCGUCAAGUCCCAUGAAUUUACAGUCUAACAAACUGAGUCAUGUUCACCGCAUCCCCGUGGUGGUACAGUCGGUGCCUGUUGUCUACACAGCCGUGCGAUCACCUGGAAAUGUGAACAACACUAUCGUAGUGCCGCUUUUGGAGGAUGGGAGAAGUCAUGGCAAAGCACAAAUGGACCCCCGAGGCCUAUCUCCCAGACAAAGUAAAAGUGACAGUGAUGAUGAUGACCUGCCAAAUGUGACCUUAGAUAGCGUUAAUGAAACUGGAUCCACGGCCCUUUCCAUAGCCAGAGCAGUUCAAGAGGUACAUCCGUCCCCAGUAUCAAGGGUCAGGGGAAGUCGAAUGAAUAAUCAGAAGUUUGCUUGUUCCAUUUCACCAUUUAGUAUUGAGAGCACAAGACGCCAGAGACGGUCUGAAUCCCCAGACUCCAGAAAGCGGCGGAUUCACAGAUGUGAUUUUGAGGGAUGCAACAAAGUGUACACAAAAAGUUCUCACCUGAAGGCUCAUCGGAGGACACAUACAGGGGAGAAACCCUACAAGUGCACCUGGGAAGGCUGCACCUGGAAGUUUGCUCGCUCGGACGAACUGACCAGGCAUUACCGCAAACACACGGGGGUGAAGCCAUUCAAGUGCGCGGACUGCGAUCGCAGCUUCUCCCGGUCAGACCACUUGGCACUGCACCGCCGGAGGCACAUGCUGGUGUGAGGAAGGCCACCCGUCCAGCUGAGCGUAACCCCCAUCGCGACUCCACGAGACACGGCUUCACGCUGGCCUGGGAGACCGGUGACACAGAUGCUGGAGAGACGGGCAUCGUUUUUUCCGUGCUGUGUACCCUGCCGUCUAAUGAUGUUUGUCGCUUGCCCACUUUCUGAGCUGUCAGGCCUUUUGUUAUGGAUACUGUAAAGGUCACCUGCCACGAAUGGAUGGCGAGAGCGGAGACCUGUUCCACUGGGGAUGAUUCUCCCAUCACCCCCACCCCCUAACCUCUUUUUACAGGAAUUCCAGUUACCAUCUGAGUGAGACAGAGCCCCCGUCCAAUCUGUUACCAGCAAGCAGCACCAACGUAGAAAAGAAGAAGCUGUUGGAGAGGUUCCAUCCCCCUGAAAAUAAAGGGGCACUCAGGCAGCCCUUGGCAGUAGCGAUGGCGGCAGCUAGAUAGCGCCCGCGACUUGUCAUUAUGCCAUGCCCUGAAGAAAACCAACAUUGAGUCUUUCAU